GGUUUAGCUGAAAACAGGACAGGAUGCGUAUAGUUUUAUUUUCCUGUGUUGUGUAUUUGCUAUUAGCAACAACAGCUGGACAGCUGUUGUCCGGCUUGCUCGGAGGGGCAGGUGCUGCAGGUGCCGCAGGUGCCGCAGCUGGUGCCACAGGUUUAGGGAACUUAGCACGUACAGCAUUAGGAGUUGGCUUACUCGGCAGUUUGUUUAGUGGAGGAGGAGGAGGAGGAGGAGGAGGCGGCAAUUUUGGUGGCAAUUUUGGUGGAGGAGGAGGAGAUUCUUUCGAACGAGUGAACCUUAUAAUACCAGAUGAUGGCGAUGACUUUGGUGGAGGCUUUGAUGACUUUGGCGGAGGCUUUGAUGACUUUGGUGGUGGAGGCUUUGAUGACUUCGGUGGUGGAGGCUUUAAUGACUUCGGUGGAGGCUUUGAUGACUUUGGUGGGGGAGGCUUUGAUGACUUUGGUGGACGAGAUGAUUUUUUUUAACGGAUCAAGGCUUCUAAGCACUAUCAGUAGACCUUGUUGGCAACCAAACAGGCCAUGAGAAAACACUGAAUAACUACCAUGAAUAAAGUUAUUUUUAAAAGUAGUGUUUAAAAAACAUUACCAUUCAGACCAAUUUACACACUCACAAGCGCAACGAUAUUUCCACAAGUCCAAUCAUUCUAUAUAUAUAACACUCACACAGAUAACGGCUGUUUUGUUUUGAGUUAUUUAUUAUCACCCUGUAACAAUAUGUAUAUGCGAUUCAGACUUUUUAAACGCAAUAAAAUGAUUUAUUUGUAGAAUUCAUAAAACAUUACAAAAAAAUAAAAGUUGAAAUAAAUUUCACGAAACCGU